GCCCGUGAGCAAUCUCCCAACUCAUCUUUGAUAGAAAAUACAAAUUAUAAAAAAUACCGUUUUAUGAUGCAAUAAAAAACUUGAAAUAUGAUUGACAAUAUGAAGGCUGUAGGAACUAUAAACGUGUAGAAAAACGAAGAUAAGCAGCAUUGUGACCUGUCAGUAAAUAAAACCUGGCGGAAUACUUCCUGGAAUUAAGUACGCAGUUGUUUGGUCGGUGUAAAGGUGGAAAUGAAGUUCAAAUUAAAGUUUUGCAUCAUUCAGUUUCCGUUUAUAAUAUUUCUUAUAUAUGUUGGCUUUUUUAUUAAUGUGUAUAAUGGCCAUGUCGAUUGUGAAUGUAAUCUACCUCGUCAACUGAUCAAAGAAAUACAGAGUUAUUCUCCGAUUGUUAAUAAAAUAAUAAACGCGACAAUUGCUGGCAAGUUUAAGGGCAAAACAUGGAAAGAACUUGCACUGUUUGUUGACACUUUUGGUCCUAGAUUCACAGGCUCUCGAACUCUCGAGGUUUCGAUAGAUUACAUGUUAAAUCGUUCGAAGAAUUAUAAUCUAGAAAAUGUCCAUGGAGAAACUGUCAAGGUACCUCAUUGGGUUAGAGGUCAGGAAUCUGCUACUGUUCUGAAACCCCGAAAAAUAAAUUUAGCAAUGCUAGGCUUGGGAUAUAGCGUCGGAACACCAAAGAAAGGUAUCACCGCCGAAGCCGUUGUGGUGAAUAGUUUCGAUGAUCUGAAAAAAUUGAAAAAUGAGAUACCAGGAAAAAUUGUUAUCUACAAUGAAAAAUUUGUAUCAUAUUCAGAAACUGUUGAGUAUCGAAGUCGAGGAGCUUCGGAGGCUGCGAAACUUGGUGCGGUAGCAGUUUUGAUCAGAUCGGUGACUCCGUUUUCUCUGUACACGCCACACACUGGUAUGAUGUCCUACGAGGCCAAUGUUACUAAAAUACCUGCUGCUUGCAUUACUAUUGAAGAUGCUACACUAUUGCACAGAAUGUUCCAGCGCGGCAAACGCAUUGUGGUGAAUUUAAAGAUGCAAGCUAGGACCUUACCAGUUACACAGUCUCGUAACGUAGUAGCUGAGAUCAAAGGAUCCGCACAACCAAACAAGGUAGUAGUCGUCUCGGGACACAUCGAUAGCUGGGACGUUGGUCAGGGUGCAAUGGACGACGGAGGAGGUGCAUUUGCUUCUUGGGCAUCUGUGGUUCUUCUUCGCCUCCUUAAUUUACGAGCCAAAAGAACAAUAAGGGCGAUACUGUGGACUGCCGAAGAAAUGGGAACCGUCGGAGCUCGUCAGUACAUUGAGGCACACAAAGCUGAAGUGCGAGAUCUCCAGUUCGUCAUGGAGUCAGAUAUAGGCACUUUCACUCCUAUCGGACUCGAAUUUACGGGAACGGAAAAGGUCAAGUGCAUUCUGGAGCAAGUGAUGGGAUUACUAAGUGCGCUGAAUGCGACGCAGCUUCGCAGCCCAAACGCAGGGCCCGACAUCAGCGAUUGGGUCGAUUCUGGCGUCCCAGGUGGCUCGCUUUGGAAUAAAAAUGACAAGUACUUUUGGUUCCAUCACACGAACGCGGAUACGAUGUUGGUCGAAGACCCCACAUCUCUGGAUCUCGCAACAGCCCUUUUCGCUGCGGUUUCAUACGUCUUGGCCGACAUAAGCGUAGAUCUUCCACAUCACACAAACGAAUUACCGGAACCCUGAAUUAAUCUCCAUCAUCGACAUAAGCUUCGUUCCAGUGGAGUAUAUUCUAUUUAAAUACGGAUCGUACGGUUUAUCAACAAAGUCCUUUUUAUACUCUCACAUAUAAAUAUCUAUUUACCGAAUCUA